AUGGGGGCUUUUGAAGCCUCCCGAGGGAAACCUACAGCAAUGAUGCAGCUUAAUACUGUUGUCAAAGCACGUUCAAAUCAGGCAGCAGGGUCGAAAGUCUGUUAUUAUUGUGGCAUUGCGGGACACUUUGCUAACGCUUGUAGGAAAAAGCAGUGGGAUAAAAAGCAGAAAAGAGACACACACCAGUCUAUUGUAAACAAUAUCCUCUCUCCAAAGAAAAAAAUCGAUGGGAUUCGUCCUAUUAUAGAAAAUUUGCUGGCACAAGCCAUUCUGAUCAAGACUUACUCACCCUACAAUACACUGAUCAAUCCAAUAAGAAAAGCAAAUGGUUCCUGGCGAUUGACACAGGAUCUUAGAAAGAUUAAUGACAUAAUUAAACCAUUGGCUCCUAUUGUACCUGAUGUGCACACAAUCACAGUUAUUGAUCUAUGCUCUGCAUUCUUUUCCAUUCCUGUAGAUCCUGUCUCGCAGCCGCUGUUCGCCUUCACCUUUGACCAUGCUCAACUUAGCUGGUCUAGACUGCCUCAGGGCCUGAGAGAUUCGCCGGCUGUGUUCACCGCCGUAGUGCACGCAACGUUAGCGGAUGCUCAACUCCCUCCUGAUACCUGUCUACUACAAUACGCGGACGACAUCCUCGUUACUGGUGCCUCUGCGGACCAGUGUGCUGCUGCCUCCAGCAUCGUCUACAACAUCCUGGCGGAAGCUGGGUUCAAAGCAUCAAGAGAAAAGCUUCAGUGGGUGCAGAGGAGGGUGGAUUACCUCGGACAUGAAUUGUCACAAGAGCGUGGGUGCCGAACUGUUCCAUGUAUGACAAAAUCUUGAGAGCAGCCACCAUGCAGGACUCUGAUGAUAUUGCAUGGACAGCAGAAAUGGACCACGCAUUCAGACAUUUGAAAGCAUCCUUGACAAGGCCACCUGCCCUUGGCCUACCGAAAUAUACAACUGACUUUCAUUUGUACGUGCACGAAGGUGGGGGAACAGCCGCCGCAAUCUUGGCCCAGGAGCACGGGGGCAUUUAUCGCCCAGUAGCGUAUUUGUCUAAAACCUUAGACUCGGUGGCUAGAGGGCUUCCAGCCUGUCUGCGCGCAGUGGCUGCAGCAGCGAUCAUGGUGCAGGAUGCAGAACGUAUAGUGUUGUCACAUCCACUCAUAGUGCACACCUCUCAUCAGGUAGGAGCUAUUAUG